AUGCGUAAUAUCGUGAAUGAGUUUCGUAAAGAACCACUUGGUCUACCACCGUUACAUAUACGUCAAGCAGUUCGGUUAAUGAUAGAUGAACAUGUACCACAUACAUAUUGUUGGUCUCCAUCGUUUGUUCCGAAACCAGCUGAUUGGCCUGCACAUAUCGAUGUAUCUGGAUUUUUCUUUCUUAAUCUUGCAACAGAUUAUAAACCACCUAAAGAUAUUCUUCAAUUUCUUAAAUCAGGUGAUCCACCAAUUUAUAUUGGUUUUGGUUCAAUUACAGGUCAUGACUCGGAUAGAAUUUUAGAAGUCGUAUUAGAAGCUUUAAAAACAACUGGAUAUCGAGCUUUACUUUCUGGUUUUGAAACAGAUUCUGAUGAAUUAUCUGAUAAUAUUUUAAAAAUUAAUAAUUGUCCACAUGAUUGGCUCUUUCAACAUGUCGUCGCUGUAUGUCAUCAUGGUGGUGCUGGUACAACAGCGGCUGGUCUUCGUGCUGGCAAGCCUACUAUCAUAGUUCCAUUUUUUGGUGAUCAAUUUUUUUGGGGAUCAAUGGUUAGUAAAAGUGGUGCUGGUCCAGCACCACUACCAGGUAAAACAGUAACAGCAAAACAAUUAGCUGCUGCAUUUGAAUUUGUACAUGAUCCUAAAGUACAAGCUGCUGCAUUAAAGAUAAGUACUAAUUUUCAAAAUGAAAAUGGUUGUGAAGUUGCUGUUCAGUCGUUUCAUGCUCAUUUACCAUUACAUAAAAUGCGAAGUGAUCUUGAGCCAACAUUUGCAGCAUGUUUUCGAUUAAUCAAAUAUGAUUUACAAAUAUCACGUCCAGUUGCUCAAGUACUUGUUGCUGCUGAACUUAUUCAAGAAUCUGAAUUAUCUUCACAUUCAACGUAUGGCUGGAGUACAUUAAUGCAUGACGGUACUUUUCAAGUAUUUACACGUAAUUUUAAACGAGCAGUAACAAAAAUAACAAAUUCAGUUCAUCGUAUCAAACGAUCAAGAAGUGCACAUUCUUCAGAAAGAAAAUCAACUGAUGAUACACAAAAUAAUUCGAAAAACGAAACGAUAAAUGUUGGACAUUCUUUUAAAAAUGAGUUAGCAUUAUAUGGUAAAAUUGAAAAACCAACAAAAGAAGAACAAAUUCAAAAGGCACAGAUAGAGAAAAAAGUUAAACAAAGUGUUCAUUACGGUCUUGCUACUGUCGUUGGAAAACCUCCUAAUCAUAAUCGUGCAAGUAGUACUUCUUUUAGAGGUUCAUCAUCUGCUACCACAUCUCCACAUAAAAAUGUUGCCAAAUCGCAAACAAAUAAUAAUCAUCUUCCGAUCAAAACUACUCAGCAAACAACGGAAAGAAAUCCGCAUUCAAUUCUAUCCAAAGGAAAAUCUUCAACACAAGUAAAAGAUGAAACCAUUACUAAAUCACCCGAAGAAAAAGCUUCAGAUAUAUCUGGUUUUUCAAUUGAUGUAUGUAAACAAAUUUUAACUGAUUUUAAAAAAAUCAAAGAAGAACGAAUGCGUUCAAACGAUAAUGAAAAAUCAAUACGUCAAAUAAGACUCCUACAUCCAUUACAUCGAUCACGUAGUCGAUCAAAACUAGCUCAAUAA